AGCACUGCGUUUGCAGUCAAAUUUCGGAAUUCAAUAAAAGCACACGUAUUUCUAAACCGAAAUCACAACUUUAUUUCAACAGUUUGAUAAAGUAAUAUCCUCAAAACAAAUAUGCUUUGUCAUAGAAUGCUAUGCUUUCUUGGAUUUGUUGCAAUCGCGUUUGGUUUCAAGUCCGAUUUUGAUUCCAUCCCAUCACAGGAUCCUGCUGAAGAAUCUGAAGAGACCGGAACGGAUACGUUAAAUCAGCCAGACGAACCGCCAUUCGACUCUGAGGAUAUGUAUCCAGACGACUUUGAAGAUACUGAAGAUAUAGACGACGUAGCUAAACCAACAAAUUUUAUUGAUAAAAUGUCACACCACAGAGAUACCAUAACAGUACGCAAUGGCGAAAGGUUUGGCAAAUGGGGAACAGCAGAAUAUUGCCCAGAAGGUGCAUAUGCUGUUGGGUAUGACUUGAAGAUCGAGCCCCGGCAAGGCAGAUAUGAUGACGAUACAGCCUUAAAUGCUAUAAAGCUUUUUUGUGAGUAUCCAGGUGGGUCUGGUGCCGGGGAAAUAACUUCAACCGAGGGUAGGUGGGGCGUAUGGCAAGGCCGUACAAAAUGUGAACGGAAAGGUUUUCUGACCAGCUUCAUAUUACAGGUUGAAAGCUAUCAAGGGUACUAUGUUGAUGACACAUCCGCCAACUUCGCAAAAUUCAAGUGCCGAGAUUUACGCGGCUAUUAUAAAGAGAAGGAACUUGCACUUUCGCUCGGAUCUGGAUAUGGACAGUGGGGAGAGUUUGGCUCCUGGAGUAACAGUUGUCGCAAGGGUCAAGCUAUAUGUGGCAUACAGACAAAAGUUGAAGCUAGCCGUGGUGUACAUCGAGAUGACACAGCCCUGAAUGAUGUCAAAUUUUUUUGUUGCAAGUAAAGAAGAUAUAUUUGAAAAGUAAUGCAAACAUGACUAAAAUUGUAACCUUAACUUCCUAUAACCACUUACAGCGAAAUAGUUUUCAUUGUAAUCAUUUUGUUAAAUGAUACAUGUAUACUUGUGGUGUUACUUCAGGACGAGUUUUACAUUUUCUGUUUAGUGCAGAACAUAUGCCUGCAAACAGUUGUACUGAAACUUAUUUUAGCUGUUUAGAACGGUCUUCUUCGUGAAGUAGAGUAUUAAUUUCGAAAAGCGAGAUUGUACCAUUAUAAAAUGAGGAUAAGUUUUGUGUGUUGCAUCGGACGUUGUAUUUCGCUUGACUUAUUUCAAGAAUGAUUCUAAAUGAAACUAAUAGUGUCAAAUGCUCCGUGUUAAUCAUAUUUAACAUUUGUUUAAAUGUAUGUAUGUACAAAUGUAUCGGAACGGCUUCAUGUACUUGUUUAAUCCAUUGUAAUCAGCAUUAGAACUGUUUUACAACAAAUAAGCUUUGUUCAAAAGUUACAAAGAUGAGGACUAACACUUUGAUCUGUUGUUAACUAUGGUCUUUGACGUGUUAUGGCGAGAUAGAGCGUUCAUAUAAAAGCCAGAAAGAUAUCCAGUCAAUUCCACUGAUACAUCGUUGAUAAAUCUUAGUUCUGUGCUCCAUUGAAUUUCAGGAAUAAAUAAUUAUAAUUCAAUCAAUGCAUCACUAUAGUUCGAACAAUUAGUGUUCAGUUAAAACGUUAGUUCUUAUAUAUCGUUUUAUCAGUUUCGGGUUAAAAUCCUCUCUAACUCCAAUAACUACUGUUUUCUAAUAAAAAUAAAUUGUU